CUCUGCUCUUCGACCUGGUUAUAACUUGAAAGUCUGGACCCUCUUUUGUCUGAUCUGUUCGCUCUCCGAACAGAGUUGACCACGACCGUACGAUAACUUUUUCAAUCUCUACGACUUGGAACUGAUCAUCUCGAGCCCCGCUACUGGUAGAGCACCAUGAGCGGGCAGAUGUGUAUGGGCGGCUUGAGAGGGGUGACUAGAGCUGCUCGCAGUGCUGGAAAGCCCUCUCUUCGGCCAAGGAUAGCAAGAACACAAAACAUCAACCCAUUCCAAACUCAGACACAAUCGCAACGAUGCAUGGGAUCCUGGAGCGACCGCAGGGUCAGAGGACAGUGGGGAGCUCACCAAGUGAAGAAGCGAACCUAUGCGACUUCCAACUCGACAGUCUCCAUGGCGGAUUAUAGAAAGAGUGAAUAUGGCCCCGUGGCCGAAUACGAUCGCCGUGUCAAUGCUGGCGUCCUCAGAGAUGAUCAACAUCAGAGAACCAUUAUCGAAUCGCUCCAAGAUCUGCACGAUAUGCUGGCCAACUACAACCCCCCGACAGUGCAAGAACCAACGAUAGAAUCGCUGCAGCCCAAAAAGAGUUUCUUUGCCGCUAUUUUCGGCAGCCAGAAAAUGCAAUCGAGUCUGGAAUUACCUAGCGACCUGCCUAAAGGCUUGUACAUGUAUGGCGAUGUUGGCAGCGGCAAGACCAUGAUGAUGGAUCUUUUCUACGACACAUUGCCCGGAAACAUCAAGAGAGCUACACGCAUCCACUUCCACAAUUUCAUGCAGGAGGUCCACCGUGACCUGCACAAGGUCAAGAUGCAGUAUGGCACCGACAUUGAUGCCAUUCCUUUCGUGGCCGCUCACAUCGCCAAACGUAGCAGCGUGCUCUGCUUCGAUGAGUUCCAAUGCACCGACGUGGCAGAUGCCAUGAUCUUGAGACGAUUGGUCGAGUCUCUCAUGCACCAUGGCACUGUCAUUGUAACCACCAGCAACCGUCAUCCCACAGAACUCUACAAGAACGGUGUCCAGCGCGAGUCCUUCGUGCCCUGUAUCAACCUUCUUCAGCGCCAAUUGCGUGUUCUGAACCUCGAUUCGCCAACCGACUACCGCAAGAUCCCUCGCCCUCCGUCAGGUGUAUAUCAUUUCCCCCUGAACAAGGCUGCGAGCACGCAUAUAUCACAUUGGUUCAAGUACCUCGGCGAUUUCGAGAAGGACCCUCCGCACCCGGCCGAAUGUCAUGUUUGGGGCCGUCCAAUUCAGGUCCCCCAGGCCAGUGGAAAGGCCGCACAUUUCGACUUUGAUGAGUUGAUCGGUCGCGCGACUGGCGCAGCUGAUUACAUUGAGUUGAUGCGCAACUACGAUGCUUUCAUCGUGAGCAAUGUGCCGCAGAUGGACCACCGUAGUCGUGAUAGAGCUCGUCGCUUCAUCACAUUUAUCGAUGCAGUCUACGAGUCUCACGCCAAACUCGUCCUCACCACAGCCGUACCUUUGACCGAGCUCUUCCUCUCUCGUGAGGAAGUCGACGCAGCAAUCAAGCAAGCAGCCAAGAAGGGUGACGCCAAUGCGAAGGCUGCCUUGAACGACGGAUCAGAUGUUGACGACGUGAUGCGUCAGAUGAUGGAUGACCUAGGCAUGAACAUGAACAUGUUGAAGAAGUCCAACUUCUUCUCCGGCGAUGAAGAGGCCUUUGCAUUCGCGCGUGCCUUGUCUCGUCUUUCUGAGAUGGGCUCGCAAAUGUGGGUGGAGAGAGGAAUGGGUCUUGAGCACAAGGGAGGCAAGCAAGAAAAGGACAACUUUGCAAAGGUCAGAAGUAGAUGGAAGGAGGACAGCAUGUAGAGCCUGGCUACGUUCUUGGGACCGCGCAACUCGACAGUAGAUUGAACGGGAUCUUGGAUUUCAUUGCACAUACGUCUACAGUACAUACAUCGCGCAAUCCAUUUCCCUUCGAUCAAAUACUCGAGCUCUUCAAGAUCAGGCGAGAUUCUGUGGUACAUGUCUAACAUAUCGAGACAUGCUCCGUCAGAACUUUGCACUCCCUUCCCUCGAGCAAAAUAGCAAAAAGAUGCUUUUUGGUGACUGGCCUCAGAAAUGUGUCAUGUUGAGAUCAAGUUCCCAGCGGGAAUCAUUCUCUUCCUAUUAUAAUAAAGAUGCCUGAGCAUCGUUCAUCAACGGCCGUAGGAAGAAGAAAGGGAAGAAAAAAUUCCCAGCUUCAAAGAAAAGAAGAGAGCACAACGCAAAAGUCCAAGCUUCCAACAAACUGGCCAAAACACUUGAUCAAACACUUGCUGCCAAGACUCAGAGUUAUGGCC